AUGACCCAAGCAAUUCUGAUCGCAACCAUCUACCCCAAGCCUGGGAAAGCCGACAGGGUCAUCGAGCUCCUUCUGCAAACAGCCAAAAUAGUACACGCCGAGGAACCUUACGUCACUGAGUAUAUGUGCUACCGCGAGGUCAAUUUCCAGGACGGCCAGGAGGAUAUCAUCAUGUUUGAGAGAUACACCUCAAUGGAAAACCAGAACAUCCACAUGGGCGUCCCGCACGUGGCGAAGUUGCUGAAUACGUGGGAGGAAGAGGGUCUGCUGCGACAGCCACCGUUGAUCAAGAACGUCGAGCAUGUAGGUGGAUUCGCGGGUCGUUAG